UGUGAGCCAGCUCCAUGCUUUUCUUGCUUCCACACUUGUUGUGCCUUCAAACCCACAUCCUUCCUCAUCUCAACCUCUUAAAAAAGAAAAAGCAACAUUUUGCUGUAAAAAAGUCUCAAGUUUGCAGCACUACCAUACCGAGAUUAAUCUUUCUUUUCUGUUUGCGACUCUGCGUAAAACAGAUAAGAUGGUGAGACCUCCUUGCUGUGGCAAGUUGAAUGUGAAAAGGGGUCUAUGGACUGCAGAUGAAGAUGCAAAGAUACUUGCUCAUGUUGCCAAGCAUGGAACAGGAAAUUGGACUGCUGUUCCAAAGAAAGCAGGACUUCAAAGAUGUGGGAAGAGUUGCAGACUUCGGUGGACUAAUUACCUGAGCCCUGAUCUCAAGCAUGACAACUUCACACCCCAAGAAGAGGAAAUGAUUAUUAGGCUACAUGCAGCCAUAGGUAGCAGGUGGUCUAUCAUAGCCCAACAACUUCCAGGAAGAACAGACAAUGAUGUGAAAAACUGCUGGAACGCCAGGCUAAGAAAGAAGCUCUCUGAAAUGGGGAUAGAUCCUGUUACUCACAAGCCAUUCUCUAAAAUUUUAGCUGACUAUGGAAACAUUGGUGGCCUUGUAAAAUCUGGAAGCAGAAUUGGGUCUCUCAGCAGAGACCUAAAAAGUGUUUUCACUUUGAAACCAGAGCAAUAUAAUUCCAUCCUACCUGAAGGAAUCUCGAACAUCAACAGCCAUUUGAUGACCAGAAUGGUACCACGUAAGAUGGAACCAGUUCAAGAAUGUUUCUUGAACAGGUUUAACAAUGACAGUACUAAUAGCAAUCACUCACUGGAUCUUCUUGAUCAGCUUCAAUCCAUAAAACUGGUGACGGAGGCCUCUAGUACUUGCCCUGAAUAUCAAACUAUGCUGGUACCCAAUCCUAAUUAUAAUAUCCUUGAUGAAGGCUCAUUAUCAUCAUCUACUUGCUCCACCGAAGCUCAUGAAAAUUUGCCAACAAGCUUUAGAUGGUGCGACUUUCUUCUAGAAGAUCAAUUUCUCCCCAAUGAUCCACAAGCAGAACAAGAAAACGCAGCAGAACUUUCAUCCAAGGACUUGACGAACCAAACACAGAAUGUUAUUGUGACAAGCCAAGGCCAGAAUCCGAAUUUGAUGAAACCACAAUGUGAUCAAAUUGUUGCUGAGGUUAAUGUCGGAGUCAACGGAACGGAUUUGGCAGUCCAAGACAAUAUUGGUUUUGGUGACCAAGUUGCACCAUCGUCAUCACAACACAGUUCAUUUGUUGAAACUAUUAUAGAUGAAGAAAACAAGAUAUUCUUCGAUUUUCCUAACUUGCUAGAGGAACUAUUCAACUACUGAUCAAUUAGUCAGUUGCUUAAAUUCGAAGCCCCCCAUGGUAGGAAAUGCAUGCUUCCUAGUUUCUUUUUAUGUUAGUUUAAGCUCUGAACUAGUUUUGUUGUCUGAAUUUGCUGUAACCAUUAACCAAAAGAGGGAAUUGAUGGAUGGAUGAAAAA